AUGGAAGACAAAAAAUACGAUCCAUCAAACAGAUCGAAGGAAAAUGUGAAAUUCUCAAAAUAUGUAACCUCGCUAAGCUUUAUGAAAAAAAAUACAAAUGAUAAAGAAGAAGGAAUAAAAAAAAAAGUUAAGUACGCAAAUGAUGAGCAUGUGUGGAUACUGAAGGAGUACGAAGAGGAUGCUGAGCAGAAAAAUAAAAAUAAUGUUUCCCUGAAUUGCCUCGGAAGGAAAUCAUACAAAAAUUACAACAGCUAUGUAAAUCUCUACAAUAUAGAAAUUAAAAAAUUUAUCAACUCCGUUCGAAAGAACAAGCCAGUCGCUUCCAUGAGGGACUGA